AUGGUGCGUCAACCGCAGGAUGCUGAUCAAUUCGUCGAACAAUAUCAACAAGAAGAGGCAGCCAUUGGGAAUAAUACAGAAAACCCCAGGGGUUGGAAAAUACCUGAGUACACCCAAUUCGGAGGAGAAACGGGAGAAUUAACAGUUGAGAAUAUUGCCAGAUAUCUUAUUGAAUCAGGAGACAUGGCGAAUAAAGAAAGUCUUAGAGUUAAACAUUUUCCAUCAACUCUUACGAAGGCAGCGUUCACAUGGUUCACCACGUUACCCCCAAACUCUGUUGACUCAUGGCCAAAAUUGGAAAAACUUUUCCACGAACAGUUUUAUGAGGGCCAUUCAAAAAUUAGUUUGGUCGAACUGUCGAACAUCAAAAGGAAGUUCGCAGAGACCAUUGACGACUACCUAAAUAGGUUUAGGUCACUUAAGGUAAAAUGUUUCACGCAGGUACCCGAACAUGAACUGGUUCAGAUGGGCGCAGGAGGUUUGGAUUACUCCAUUAGGAAGAAAAUAGAUCCAACUUUUGUCAAAAGUUUGUCACAAUUAGCUUAUAGGGUUCGACACCUUAAACGCCUACGAUUGGAAAAAGUCAGGCACACUAAGGCCAAGGCUAAGAAAGAAAAGGUAGCCUAUGUCGAUUAUGAGGAUACAAACCUCAUAUAUGAAGCUGAUUACAUCUCACCGAUAGAGGCGGAGAUUGAUCUGGCCGAAAUAAAACCAGGGCCAACAUACGAAUGUAAAUUGUUGUUUCCGUCGAAAGGGAAGAAUGUCUCUGUUGAUAACAAUUCGAAAUUCCCUGCGAAAACUUAUACUUUUGAUAUUAGUAAAUGCGAGGAAUAUCUUAGUUAA